CCCAGCAACUGCGGACGCCUGUGUGUGGUUCAUCCGGUGGCCGGGAGUCCUUCAGAAAAAUCCCGUCGGCUCAAAGCGCCCAGAGUCACCGCAGGUGUACCCCGGCGACCACCGGUCGGAUCGGGCAGAGGUGUAGGCGCGCGGGCCGGGACAGCGGUCCUGUUCUCCCGACGGAGGGGUUUCCCGGAACGGUGGGAGCGAGAAGGGAGGAAGGGAGCGCGCGAAAAUGGUCGCCGAGUGGGUCUCAUGCUUGGACAAACGGUCAGCUGACAGGACAGGGGAAGACCUGGACAUCAUCUACUCCCGCCUGAAGGACGUGAAGGCCUUCGAGCGUUUCCACCCGCUGCUGCUGCAACAGAUCUGCUACUAUGGCUACUAUGAGGACCUGGAGAAGGGCGUCACAUUGUUCAGGCAGGGUGACAUGGGGACUAACUGGUACGCCGUGCUGACCGGCUCGCUCGACGUACAGGUGUCAGAAACAGGUACGGGCCAGUACUAUGCCCUGUCGGACAACAUCGUGAUCUGCACGCUGGGCGUGGGAACAGCGUUCGGGGAGUCCAUCCUGAACGACAUCCCGAGGCACGCGACCGUGGUCACUGGCGAGUUCUGCGAACUGCUCAGGAUAGAACAGAAAGACUUCAAGACAAUAUGGGAGAGGAACCGGCAGUACAUGGAGGGAAUCAUCACCCCACUCACCAGCGGACUCGGAGACAUGGAAGCGAACCCUUGGAUCCGGGCUGAUGCAGGCCCACCACCAGCCAUGAUGUCACCUUCGCAAGGAACCGUCGCUCCCCAACACCACGAGAGCCCCGAGACGGGAUCGCCCGCCACGCCUCUCAUGCCCACCCCCUCGGAGAAGUUGGCUCACGCCGGACGGGUGGUGAGAACGGUGAUUCUAGCCAAGGUGCCACAGAUGGUCCGCGACCGAAAAUACCAUCUGCGCACGUACAGGAGGUGCAUGGUGGGAUCGGAGAUGGUGGAUUGGCUGAUGGACCAGAGUGCACUGGUGCACACACGGAUGCAGGCAGUGGGGAUGUGGCAGGCACUGUUGGAGGAGGGGGUCAUCUCUCAUGUGUGCCAGGAACACCAGUUUAAGGACAAGUACCUGUUCUACCGUUUCCGUGACGAUGACACGGGCAUGGGCAGUAUGCCGUCCACCGGGGAGAAGAAGGAGUGUGAGGAGGAGUUACAGGACACGCUGGUGAUGCUGUCACAGAUCGGACCUGACGCCAUGAUGCGAAUGAUACUCCGCAAGCUGCCACAUGAGAGAUCAGUUGAUGAACUUGAGAUCAUCUACGAGGAGCUUCUCCACAUCAAGGCCUUGACUCAUCUCUCCAACACUGUGAAGAGAGAGCUAGCCAGUGUCUUGAAGUUCGAAUCCCACGCCCGAGCUGGUACCAUACUGUUUAACCAGGGAGAUGAGGGGACCUCCUGGUACAUCAUCCUGAAAGGUUCUGUCAACGUCGUCAUCUAUGGAAAGGGCGUCGUGUGCACGCUUCACGAGGGGGAUGACUUCGGAAAGCUCGCGCUGGUGAACGACGCACCGCGCGCCGCCUCUAUCGUGCUACGGGAGGACAACUGUCAGUUUCUCCGCGUGGAUAAAGAUGACUUCAACAGGAUACUGAGAGACGUGGAGGCCAACACCGUGCGACUGAAGGAGCAUGGGCAAGACGUCUUGGUUUUGGAGAAGAUUCCAGCCAACAACCACAUCGACAGCGAUGAACACACUCACUUCAGAUACUCGGUGAUGGCGGGGACGCCAGAGAAAAUGCUGGAACACCUGUUGGAGACCCGGGUGGACAGCAGAUGGAACGAUGAGCCCACAGUCAACGCAGACACAUUCAUGGAGGACUUUCUGCUGACUCACAGUGUGUUCAUGCCCUGUAACCAGCUGUGUCCUGCACUCAUGGCCUACUAUCAUGCGGAGGUCCGAACAGGGCCGGAUCAGGAGCUGGUGGACUACGCGCUGGCCAACAAGAAGCGAGUCCUGCACAUGGUACAGCAGUGGAGCAGGAUCGUCGGGGACGCUUUCAUCGAGAGCAAGACAAUCAAAGCAUUCUUGGAGGAAUUGUGCUUAGCCGUAUCAGAAGACUGUCAGACGUGGCCAGAGCUGAAGGAAGAUCUUGCCGCCUUGGAGAAACUGAUGAGCAGCAUACCCGAGCCGGAUGGCGAUCUUCCUGUGUUCCUGUCACUCACUCCUUCCUCCAUAUUGGUGCCUACUAUAGGGUGGAGGGAUAAUUCCAAUGGUGAUGCCAAACCUGUGUCAACUCUCAGGAAAGUAAGGUCCCGUGCCUCCAUCUCCGGAACUCUGCGCCGACUUCCCAAGGAGCUGUCUGAGGAAAAACAAACACGCAGGAGAAGAAUAAAACCUUCUGAUGAAAAUAUUUUUAAGGUGUACUUUGCUGACCACACGUACAGCACCCUUCGCCUGGCCAUCUCAGCAUCAGCCGAGGAAACAGUACAGAGCACAGCAGAGAAACUCUGUCUGGGCGAGGACCUGGUGUUGUGUGAGGUUAAGUCCACUGGAGAAAGAGUUGUGUUGAAGGAGUCAGACGUUUCCGUGACAACGGGGCUCAGUCUCAACGGCAGACUGUUCAUCGCGCCCAGGGAACAUCUCGACUCGCUGACGCCACUGCCGGAGCAGGAGGGUCCCAAACAGAGCACGUGUGCCACCAUCGAGCUGAUGAGCUCCAGAGAGAUGGCCUACCAGAUGACUCUGUACGACUGGGAACUCUUCAACUGUGUACAUGAAAACGAACUCAUCUACCACAUUUUCGGGCGGCACAAGUUCGGGAAGAUCACGUCGAACCUUGACCUUCUGCUGCGCCGUUUCAACGAGGUCCAGUUCUGGGUGGUGACGGAGAUGUGCCUUACGCCGCAGGUCGGCAAGAGGGUGCAGCUACUCAGGAAGUUCAUCAAGAUAGCUGCAUACUGUAAGGAGUACCAGAACCUGAACGCUUUCUUCGCUAUCAUCAUGGGACUGGGCAACAUCGCAGUCAGUCGGCUCUCACAAACUUGGGAGAGACUGCCCAAUAAGUUCAAAAGAAUGUUUGCUGAGUUUGAGAGCUUCAUGGAUCCGUCCAGAAACCACCGAGUGUACAGACUAGCAAUGAGCAAACUGCAGCCACCGAUCAUCCCAUUUAUACCACUUCUCAUGAAAGAUAUGACUUUCACCCACGAAGGCAAUAAGACAUACUAUGACGGCCUGGUCAACUUUGAAAAGAUGCACAUGAUUUCCUCAACUAUACGGACUAUCAGACACUGUGGGAGUGAGCCUUUCAAUUUCGACCCCCCACCUGUCGUGAAGAACAUCCAAGAAGUCCGGAACUAUGUCAGGAGUCUGAAUGUUAUUGACAACCAGCGGACGUUGACACAACUCUCACACAAGCUGGAGCCAAGAAGAUCGUAGAGCAUCAGUGAUGACACAGCUGCAAUAGAUGAUGGGCAAGCACCACAGUAUGGCUAGCCAGACAUCAUCACACUUCAGGCAGACCUUCCACUGGUCAGGCCCCUAGAAGCUUGGUGACCAACACCUCUAAGUUAGGAGAAUUGGGAACAUCUUACCUUAGUUCUGUUAAUUUAUGCAUCAGGAGGCCAUUUUCGGCUAUGUGUGACAGAGCUAGGCUUGUCACAGUGAAAUAUCUCUGAAGCAGUGGCAGAUCAUCCAGCCAGUUUUAACAGGUUUUGCCGAGGAUGUGGAUCAUUACAACUUUGUUUGCUGGCAGAAAGUGUACCCCAAACUUUAAUCUCCAAAGAGUUGUUUUAGGAUCCGGGGAAGAAUGAAUAAGGUACAAGACUAGAAAAACAUACGAAAUGUUGCAAAAACAUUUGUAAAGCACUAAAACUGGACUGGAUCCAAACAUCUAUCUGCUUGGAUUUUGUACCAAACUGACAUUUUACUGGCAUACUCUGAUUUGGAUGGAAGGCCUAGAAACGUGACAUGUUGUAUUUCAAAAAUUGACAAAGCAGCCCUUUCUGGGUAAUUGAAAAGAAGAAAAUGAUGGAAAACCAUGUGCCAUAUUGUAAAGACUGGAUAUUAUUUAUUGUUUAUUUUGUACAAAUCUCAAAGAGUAUUAAAGGGAUAAACAGUGAUGUUGAAGUGUUUCAGUUGGAAUUGUUGUGAACUUUGUUGAACUCUAUUUUAUCUUAAGCUACAUGGAAAAAUGUUCUUCAUGUAUCCAAGUUGUAUAGUUUGCUUCUGUGAUGUCAAACUGCUGUUAAGCACACUUGCUGUCUUUGGAAUUUCUUUUGGACCAUCAGAAUCACAGGUUUGAUAUGCCAAAGUUUUGGUAUUGCUCCAGAUGUGUACAUACAGAGGCAUUUUCCAUUUUGUUUGAUUCCGUAACAUCUCAACAAGAUGAAGUCCUUCAAG